AUGCCGUCCCCGCGUGGACUCCCACCGGAUGGUGUGGUGAACUCUCCUCCACCGGUAUCGACUUCCAAGCACCUAGCUCGUGCGUCGGUUCAGUACCGCAAGUCCAACACUUCGACGGCGACAGACCCCAGUUUCCUCAACCAGCCCCGCGACGAUGGAAACUACUAUACAGAGCCCCCUCCUGCACCGAGUGCCCUCUGUCCCCCAACGACGCUCGCCGCGGCCAAGAACAUUGCGCCGAGUAUCGCCAUCACGCCACAAACGUACCCCAGCAGCGGGUACUUCCCGCGGCAGUCCCAGCUGAGCGGGUACUCGACCGUGCCGUCCAUGUACAGCGGCACAGACUGGGGCGUCGAGCCGGUCCUCGUGGACGGGAGAGUUAUCGACAUGCGUGUGAAGCACGACAGUCUGCUUACGAGUGGGAGCAGCUUGCCGAGCUUUGGUGCUGGCGUGCGCCAAUCGUCAAACCUGGCUCACCCGUCCCCGCUGCAGCGAGCGAGUGGCACUACAGGCCAGACAGUGCGUCCGCGCUUGUCCGCCCAAGACAGUAUCCGCCAUCGAGACUCGCACGGGUCGUCACGAACGCGAUACACCGUCGCCCCACCGACGCCGGCGCCGUCGCUCGCGAACGACACGCCGCGUCCGCCAACCCCUCCACCGAAGUCCCCGUCGCUCCGACCCCGCGACUCAGUCUCCAACCUGCGUCCCGAGAGCAUCUCCACAUCUGUAUCCUCUCGAGUGGCCACUCCAACGCCGGAUGCCCUCACACCUGCGGCGCCACCCUCGCCGUACGGUCCCGGGCCGGCGGCCUACCUCCAGAUCGAGUGCCUCCUGCCCGAGUACGCGUGCUCCCAUCCGACGCUGUACUCGUCCCCGCGCUUCGUCGAUCUCUCAGGCACCGUGAACUGGAUCAGCCCUCACAGGGUGGCGCGGACUACUGAGAGCGUCGACGCGGUAUGGGCAUCGCUGCGCAACGUUGUGGCCUUGCUGCAUGUCGAGGCUGCUUCACGGGCAGAGUAUACCCCUCCAUCGUCGUCCCGGCCUGGACAAGCCUAUCCGGUUAGGCGGAGCCCAAAGGAAGUGCCGUGGGCCUCGUUACGCGCCGUGCUGGAUACCAGCCCCCGCAUCGUUUCACGGCCAUCGUCACUACGAGAGAAGGUCACGAGCACAGUAUACAAGGCCGCGAGCAAGUUCGCCCAGAGCACAACGUCUCUCGAUAUGCGCGACAACCCCAAGCCUACCGCCGAUGUCCCCCUUCGCUCUGAGACGGGGAGCAUCGCAGUACCGAUCUCCACCCCCAUCAAUUUCCCCAGCAGCCUCGUGAAGUCCGAGAACAAGAGACACGCAAUCUACCUCCCCGGUCCGACCAUCCCUAUGCCGCGCGCACGCGACGCACCACCCAGCGUCCCCGAGCCAAGCCCGAGGAUAGAGAAGAAACAGUGGGCCGCGAUCCGCGCCACCCUCGCGGUGCUGGACGCACACUGCGCCACUGCCGCAGGGCUCGACGCGCAAAUGGCCGACAUUAACAACGGCACGCUGCCGUUCAACGUCGAGAUGGCGGCCGACCCGGCCAUCGACCUGGCUGUGCAUAUCGCCCUCAUCCGCCUGCUGUGCUCCACCCUGCUCGAGUCGUAUGCGGCGACCGAGUUCAACCGCCGUACGGGACGCUGCGUGCGCUCCCUUGUGCGGCACGUCGUUGCCGUUGGCCAAGAGUUUGGGGGAGAGUACGUCUACAUUGAGCGUGUGCGGUCCCGCACCCUCGCCGAGUUGAAGGAGGCCGGGGUGGUGCUCCGCCCUGUUGGGCUGCCGGCGGCGGGACAUGUCGUUCCGAUGGUUGCGGCGAAGAGGAAGCCUCCCACAAUCAGGUUUGCUAGCGAUACCGCGACGACCAGCAUCAAGUCUACAGAGACGUUCGAAACGGCCAAAUCUGACAACACGCCUAGUAUCCUCAAGACGUCGGAGUCAAGGAGCAAGACAGCGUCGAUGCUCUCAAAGCUGUCGCGCCGGCCGAGGCUCCCCGAAAGCUGGGGCGCCACCCCGAAGUCAGCCGCGCCAGUCCCACCACCCAAGCUAUAA